UCCUGUGGCGGUGCCCGCCCCGCCGCGCUGACCCGGGGCGCGCUCGGUUGAGGCCGCGGCGGAGGCAGACGGUGAGGCGGGAGCGGGCGGCGGGCAGGGCCGGGCGGGGCCUCCCUUCACCCCGGCGGGUCGCAGUGAGGAUCGCAGAGCUGCUGCUGCGGGGGGGGCACGGACUGAACGCGGGUUUCCCCUCCCCGAGUUUCCCGGAGCCCCUUUAGGCACUGGAGCUGCUCUAAGGUCUCCCCUUCAGGAGCCUUCUCUCCUCCAGGCUGCCCCAGCCCAGCUCUCUCAGCCCGUCCAUGGAACAAGGAGAGCGCUGAGAGCGCUCCGGUCCCUGUGAGCACCCUCUGCCCGCAGGCAGCCCCGGCGGUACCGGAGCCCCGGCCGCGAGCCCCCGCACCACGGAACUCACCGGGUUUCGUGCCUUAUCGGAGCAAAAGCUCACGACGUGCCCCGCCGCGGAGGAAUGAGCAGGGCCCCUGCGCUGCCCCUGGCCCGCCCCACCGCCCGCCCCUUGCCCUCUGCGCCGUGGUGAGGAAAAGGGGACCCAUUAAAUGUGGCUUUGUUGCCCUAAACCUAGAACUGAAACGGCACAGGAGGGCAGCUGCGAGAUGUCUGCGUAGGAGCUGGAGCUUCUCAUUGAUAUCUUCAGUAACCGUAAUCAUAAAUUGGGCUGUUUGCUUGUUUCUGUUGGAACAAGGAGGAUACUGCUACUGACUCCUUUUCCCUGGGGUUUGUUGUCUGUUCUCUCUUUCAGACAUUAACACAGUGUUCCUGUGUCACUUCUGCAACUGGUAUAUUUCAGCCACUAACAGACCAUUUGCUUUUUGCUUUUUCAGUGUCAUGUUGAGGUUUUUUUCUUUUAUACAGUUAUCAAUAUCUUUCAACCUGUAAAAAAGCUUGAUUAUAUUUUACACUGUGUUACAUCUGUUACUUGGGUUUGUAAAUCUUAUAGGAGUAUAAAAUACAUAGCCCAAAUAAUUAAUGUGAAGAGGAUGUGUUAACUCAGUUGAUGUAGAGUGGUUUUAACUCCACAGGAAGUUUAAAUGUCUUCAGAAGACAAAGAAGCUCAGGAGGAUGAGCUGCUGGCGCUGGCCAGUAUCUACGAUGAAGAUGAGUUUAAGAGAGCUGAGUCUGCUCAAGGGGGAGAAACAAGAAUUUGUCUGGAGUUGCCCCAAAACUUCAAAAUAUUUGUGAGUGGCAGCUCCGCAGGCAGCCUCCCGCCGGGCGGGUUCGAGUGCAGCGUCUGCUUCCUGCCGCCCCUCGUGCUGAACUUCGAGCUCCCCCCAGACUACCCCUCCACCUCCCCGCCCGCGUUCACCCUCAGUGGGAAAUGGCUCUCCCAGGCCCAGCUGAGUGCCCUUUGCAAACACUUGGACAACGUCUGGGAGGAGAAUCGAGGCUGUGUGGUCUUGUUUGCCUGGAUGCAGUUUCUGAAGGAAGAAACACUGAGUUACCUCAAUAUUUCCUCCCCAUAUGAGCUGAAACUGUGCCCCCAGGGGAGCGGGCAGAGCAGGACACCUUUGGCCCCCCUCGGUGCUGAGGACUGUGGCGGUGCCGCGGGCUCUGCUGCGGCUGAGGAGGAAAUCAUGGAUGCGAGAGCCGUGCAGGAUGUGGAAUCACUGUCGAGUCUGAUUAGGGAGAUCUUGGACUUCGAUCAGGCUCAGAGGAGGAAAUGCUUUAACAGCAAGAUGUACUUGUGCAAUAUCUGCUUCUGCGAGAAGCUGGGCAGCGAGUGCAUGCACUUCACCGAGUGCAGCCACGUCUACUGCAAAGCGUGCCUCAAGGACUACUUUGAAAUCCAGAUCAGGGACGGGCAGGUCCACUGCCUCAACUGCCCGGAGCCCAAGUGUUCCUCUGUGGCCACACCGGGACAGGUGAAGGAGCUGGUUGGAGAGCAGCUCUUCGCGCGCUACGACCGCCUGCUCCUGCAGUCGAGCUUGGACCUGAUGGCAGACGUGGUGUACUGCCCUCGGCCCUGCUGCCAGACCCCCGUCAUGCAGGAGCCGGGCUGCACCAUGGCCAUAUGCUCCCAGUGCAACUACGCCUUUUGCACCCUCUGUAAAAUGACCUACCACGGGGUCUCCCCCUGUAAAGUCACUGCAGAGAAAUUAAUGGCUUUGCGAAAUGAGUAUUUAGAAGCAAAUGAAGCAACUAAAAGGUUUUUGGAACAACGCUAUGGCAAACGGGUGAUUCAGAAAGCUCUUGAGGAGAUAGAGAGUAAAGAAUGGCUAGAAAAGAACUCCAAGGCUUGUCCCUGCUGUGGUACUCACAUAGAGAAACUCGACGGCUGUAACAAGAUGAUGUGCACGGGCUGCAUGCAGUACUUCUGCUGGCUCUGCAUGGGCUCUCUGUCACGGGUGAACCCCUACAGGCACUUCAAUGAUCCAUCCUCGCCCUGCUUCAACAGGUUGUUUCAAGCCAUGCAUCCUGACGAGGAGUACUGGGAAGAGGAAGAUGAAGAUCAGUAGCGCUCUCUAGCAACAACACUGAGCAAACCAGAGUCAGGUGCUUCCAGUUUUGUGUCAAGUUUCUUUGCUUUCCCCUUCUAUUGCGUGAUAGAAGAAUGGUACCUACCUUGCACUGCAGGAUCCUCACCCUUCAGAGGCCGUGGCCAGAACCAAAGGAGAGCAUCUUACCCAUCCUGCAGUCAGCAUCACUGUGGAAAGCCCUGAUAAUCCUAUCGAUUGUUAAAGGCUGAUGCAGCCAGACAGAAGUCAGGCUCAGUGUUGCUGGUGUGUUCACUCGUUUCUGUCUCCUUCCUUUGCCAGUGCUGAGGCACUGAACUGAGGGAGUGACCAGUGGGAGGGUGGAAAGCAUCAGUCAGCCAUUGAAACGUGGUUUUCUGGCUACAUAGUUGAGAAUAAGUUGAAUUCUUGAAGAUACUGAAAUGACCUUGUCUUCUCAGAGGAAGAAGUAAUUUAUUUUUACUAACUCUUCAUAAAAGAGAUUUGAUUAGUUGCUAGUUUUGCUUCUGGACUUGAUCCCUUAUUUCCACUGUUCUUGCACUUCAGACGAUUUCAAAGCCCAAAUUGUUUCCUCUGGAGCUCAGUGAGUGGUGCUGUGAGCAUGGCAGCAACUGCUGGAGGGAACUGCUCAGUUCGAAGAGGUUUUUCCACUUGCAGAAUGGUCUAAAAAGGUUGAAAUUAAAACUGCAUCUGCUGGGUUCAAAUCAAAGAGCAGGGUCUGGGAGUAGCUCAGGCGCUGGGAGACUCUUGAGGGGCUCAAGGUGAAUACCUCUCACUCAGUUUUGAUUGAUAGUGAAUAAAUUUAUACUCGGAUACCUGGCCAAAAUGAGUGCUGAUUUAGUUCCCUCUGCAGAGGAGGGGGGGUCUGUGCUGUUAGAACUGGCAGUGAUUAAAAACAUGAGAUGGUAAGAACGGAUCUUGUCUUGGUUUAGGCUGUGGGACAGUGUGUAGGGAAAGUUCACGUUGUGUAUGGUUUAAAUUGUAUUUCCUGCACCUUUCACCUGCACUAAAUUCACUUUAAGACAGCAAA